CGUAUGAGUGAUUUCAUUGUUUUUACGAUAUCAAACUUUACUCCAAAUAUUAUUUUUUCUAUUACGCGUAAGUGAAUUAUGAUUAAAGGAAAAUUUGUAAAUAAGAUCGAGCAGAGUAAUAUGUUGUUGUAGUUUUAUGCUUGUUUACGUUCAUUCGAUGAUUCAACGUACGAAGUGUAUGAGAGCGUGACGACGCCUCUACAACAGAAUAUGUUCGAAAAUAAAUGUUACUUACUCGAUUUACGUUACCGUUAAAUCCCUUUUUAUAUCAUUUGAAUCUCCAUGGACUUAGGAAUUCGUCGAAAGAAUUCAGAAAAAGGCUUUGAUACCGAUGAUGAUUCUGAGUAUGCAAUGAUAAAACGUAUCAAAAUGGAACCAGAAGCAAUAUUGUCCCAGGACGAUGAUAUAAUGGCACAAUUUCAACAGGAUAAUUCCGAUUUGGAAGUUGAACCAAGUUUUUCUUUAGAAGGUAGUAAUAAUAGCGACGAUUGUAACGAUGGAAUUCUUAUGCAACACAUGGAUAUUAGAGAACCUUUGUCCACGCUACGAAAUCUUUUGGAGCAGAGAUUGGGCGUCGAACUUACCGAUUAUUCAUUUUGGUUGCAAGAUGCACAAAUGCUUGAGUGUCACAAAAAUUUAGUCGAUCAAUGCGUGCAAGGCGAAGGUCUUGUUCAAGUUAACGUUCAAAUAAAAGCUUUACAAAAACGUAUUAACAUAGUAGAUGUUCUAAAACCUGCGGAAGACUACAUUGAACUCGCAGAAAAUAAUUCAAUAACAUCCUUUAACGAAGAAAAUAAGCAAAAUGUGAUACGAUGGAUGGUAGAUGCGCAGUAUAAGAAAGAACAGGAACGCCUGAAGAUACCAGCGGAUCCUAAAGAUUGGUCACAAACACACGUGAAACAUUGGCUUCAAUGGGCCGUUAGACAAUUCAAUCUAGUUUCCUUACGUUUAGCCGAUUGGAAUAUAACCGGUGCACAAUUGUGCAAUCUCACCCUUGAAGAAUUUCAGAGUAAGGUUCCUCUUGAUCCCGGUGAUGUAUUCUGGACACACUUGGAACUACUACGAAAAUGUAAAUUCGUCGCUGUCGUACAAAAAGAUGUCCCAACGUCGGUCAGUGAAAAUACUACGAAUAAAACUAUGAAAGUACGUAAUCAAAAGAGUCCUAAAACACGGCCAGUUGUUAAUCAACAAACACGAGUAGUCAGUGUUCCAUUGGAGAACAUUGAUUCGACACCAAUAACAAUAGCGACGUCGAGUCGUUCGGUAAAUAGCGGACAAAUACAAUUGUGGCAAUUUUUAUUGGAAUUAUUGACGGAUCGUGAACACAGAGGUGCUAUACAAUGGGUAGGAACCGAAGGAGAAUUUAAAUUGACUCAACCAGAAGCUGUUGCACAAUUAUGGGGCGCGCGUAAAAAUAAACCAUCGAUGAAUUAUGAAAAAUUAAGUCGAGCACUUCGUUAUUAUUACGACGGUGAUAUGAUAUCGAAGGUACACGGGAAGAGAUUCGUUUACAAGUUUGUUUGCGACUUGAAACAAUUGUUAGGCUAUUCAGCCGCUGAGUUAAGUAAAUUAGUUGAAGAAGGUAGACGUUAUUUUUGAUGAGAUUUAAAAAUUGUACCUUCUCUCGUUUUAUUUCCUUUCUUUCUUUCUUUCUUUCUUUUUUUUUUUCUUCUUUUCCUUCCUUUUUUCUUUUUUAUAUGACAAAAAUAAGGUAUUUUAAAUGAUUACAUUUUUAUAUUUUGAAGAGAUACCUUUAUCUAACAUAACAUAAUCUCAUUAAUUUAUAGAGAAAGUAUAUAUAUACAUAUAUGUAUGUAUGUAUGUGUAUAUAUAUAUAUAUACACACAAAAUAACAUAUACUUGGGUUUCUUAGAAUAAUCUUAACAUUUCUUUCUUUCUUUAACUUUUCUUUUUUGUCCACCUUUUUAAAAUAUCUUAAGGAUUUAAACAGUUUAAGAAAUAAUAUAUAUGAGUAUAAUAAUAUGGACGAAAAGACAACGAAAGGGUUUAAUGAUGUACAAUGGUUUCGAGAUUCUCUAUGCCUAAUUUAUAUUAUUAUUAUUAUUAUUAUUAUUAUUAUUAUUAUUAUUAUUAUCAUCAUUAUUAUU